AUGGAUGCACUUAGUGCACACAUCCCUGAGGAUGGGACCAAUAAUCAAUUGGCAGAAGAGGGCCUGCAAGGGAGUCAGGAAGGGCAGCAAAACAAUCAAGAAUCAAGCAACCUAGUGGCGCUAAGUUUCACAGAAGCCGAGGAGAAAAAGCACAAGCGGAAAUUGCAGGAGUUUAGACAGUAUCUGGUAGAUACCCGGGUGGUCCCAGUGCUCAUGUGGAGCAGCUGGUACUACCAUGAUGAGCUGUUGUACUCAGUCCUUUUGAAUAUGCAACAAGGCGAGAGUCUGCCAGCUGAUCCGCAACAGGUAUUGAUUGACCACUUUGGCGAGUACAGGGACCCUAUUCUGGAUGUAGUUGAAGAACUCACGAGCACCAAAGAGUCACUGAUGGCCGAAAGAGCACAAAUGGAAGAUGUGCUAACCGCCCUGGGUGAGUACUGA